AUGGAUCCGAGACAGCAACAGCAUCAGCACCACCACCAACAUCCACAUCAACAACCACCUCCUCCACCACAACCCCAAGGCGCCAACCCUUUCGCGAGAACCAUCGCCUCUCCUCCGGCACAAUAUCGCCGCUCGCCUUUCCCGCCCGCUCAGAACUCCGCCAACUCAGCGCAUUUUCCACCUCCUGCUUCACAUUCGCAAUCUCAUCCGCCUUCUGCCAGUCCAGCGCCGGGUGCUUAUGGAGGUCCCGGACCCGAUCACCAGCGACGACUCUCGACCGAUUCGCAUCCCUACUUCUCGCAUCAACAGUCUCGCACCCCCUUUGAGAGGCCCGACCCGACGUCGCAUCCAGGAGCCCCGACACACUCGCGCCAUCAGAGCGCUUCGUCAAUAGGCGGUCCGCCGAGUCGCAACAUGGGGCCUCCCUCGGACCCUCCUCAGCAACAGCCAAUGGGUCCAUAUAGUAUGCAACAAACAGGGCCUGGCCCUGCGCCGGCCUCGGGGCUUAGGAUACCACCACCGACGACAAAUUCUACCACCAUGUUCUCCUCGGGCCGGGAGCUGCCUUCGCUGAGUAGCCUCGCCAGAACGGCCGGAAUGCCGCUUUCGAAUAUGCUCGGUGGACAUGCCGUGCAGAGGGAACCGACUCCUGGGAGUCACCCUCCCGGGCAUGCUCCCUUCCCACCUCCGAGCACCACCCCGGGUCCGAGUGGUCCUGGCCCAGCAUAUGCGGCCACCGUCCAUGCUUCGCCCAGAAUGCAAAGCGCGGCAGCCGCAGACUACCCUCCUUUCUCCCGACGGCCCGAGACGCCAACAAACCAUGCAAGGCCUUACGAGCCAAGAGAUCAACGAGGCAGUGUUGCUGGCUCCCCUCCACAGGGCUUCCAUGGAACACCAGAAAUGUCGACGCGGUAUGGAACCCCCGGGGCGCAUUCUGUGCGCGGGCCGCCAAUGCCCCCAUUUGAGGAUAGAAGGGAUCAGUCGGGAAGGUUGUCGGCAGGGAGCUUGCCACCCCGGCCAAGCAGCCAACCCCGAGCAUUUGGUAACGGUCCCGGUAGGCCGAUGGAAAUGGGCCGUGGUCCGCCCCCAGGUGAGCCCUAUUUUGGUCCUCGCAGGGAAGAAUUGAGACCAGGGCAGGAAUACAAUCCCGAAGGACCACCUCGAAGCAUCUAUGAGCAGGAGCAGCGUCGUGUCAUGGAGCAAGAUCGGGAAUAUCGUGAUCGGAUGGAGAGGGAUGCCCACUUUCGUGAACGGGAGCACAUGGAGCGGGAGAGGAUGGAGAGGGCACGGUUCGAAGAACACCAACGACUGCAGCAGCAUCAGCAGCAGCAACCGCCACCGCCGCAACACCAGCACCAGCCGCCAUUCAUGACAGAGCGUGAGCACAUGGAUCGUGUAGAACGAGAACGGAUUGAAAGAGAACGCCAGUUCGACAUGCGGGACAGGGAGCGUCGGGAGAGAACUUCCUCUGACCCCAAUCGGCAUGGCCGCCCGGUAGAUUUCGGGCCCCAAGGGCCUCCGGGCUCCCAAGGUCCACCGCCUUACGGCAGAGAAAUUCGAGAUCACAGAGAUGCUGCAGGCUGGCAGCUACGGCCGGGAUACGAUCAAACGCCGGCGAGAGGCUCGUACGAGCCUGCAUACGCACCGCGACACGGACCUCCAGAGCAUCCAGUGACAUCGGGUCCACCUUUUGGUUCAUUCCCUGCCCAUGCAACUCAGCAUGGUGAACGAUACCCGCAUGCUGGAGCUGCCAGCCACCCCCCUUCGCAUGCUAUUCCUGUAACCCAGUCUGAAAGGGGGCCGCAGCCCUUUGGGUCGCCAGACAGGCAUAGAUUUGUUCCCAUGCCUGCCCACCACCAAUCACAACAACCGCCGCACCGAGUGAGGCAUGACGAAGAAGGGCCCCCACCCCCUUCAGUGGCUUACAACGGCGGACCUGGGCCGGCCGUGUCCGAGCUUCCGAGACAGCCCCGAUCACUGGACGAUGGCCAUCCAGCUCCGACGCUGGCUCGUCAGCAAAGCAGCAGUGGCUUUCUGGCGAUUGGUGAGAUUAACCGCAAGGGCCGGGUUUCCCCCUUACCACAGGCUGUGCAAGGAGCACAGCCGCAGUCAAUGACGCCGUCUGGUGAACCAGGAAUCAAGAGUGAAUUCGGUCGCAUGUUUUCUGGCAUAGGAGCUGGUGCCGGUGCAUACGGAAUGCCAAGUCCCGGUCCAUCUCACCUCCCAUUUACCAACUCUGGGCUGGCGAGACGCGACGAUGCGGAUCCGUUGCCUGCUGAGGUAAACGCUGAACAGCCUGCCAAACAACCUCGGAAGCGACAAAGGAAGGUCAAGGAUGAUGAUCAAAAAGGUGAUGACGAUAGCACUGGCCGCCUGACUCCGGUUGGGCGAACCAAGCGAGCUAGAACGAACCAUGCUCAUCACCACCAUCAUCAUCAUCAUCACCAUCAUCACGGGAUCCCCGAGAGAACAGCUUCUCCCCUACAUGCAGGCAGCACACCUUUGAAAAAUGUCAAGACAGGCACUCCUGUUCUCUCGCCAACAGGCCUUCCAAUGACACAUAGCCACCAAAUCCCAAGGUCUUCUGCCAAUGCCAUCAACAGCAACAAUGGUGUCGCACCAGCCAAGCAAACUCCUCAAGCGCCAGUUGUUUUUAUAAAACCCAAAAAGACUGUUGACUCACAAAUGGUUCUCGACAGCGUAGCCCACAAACCCCGCAAGCACCUAGGUGAUAUACUCUAUGAACCAGAAAUUAAAGCGGACCAUUUCAGGACUCACUCAAAGGGCGGCUUUAGGACAAAGCCAAAACCUCUUCCGAGAGACCUAAUUCAAGACAAUGAGAACUCUACUCUCACGGUCAAGAUCCACCGCCGACAUCUAGAGCCUCACUGUCGCGAGGAACUCACAAGAAAUCGGGCUGUUUGGGGAACUGACAUAUACACCGACGACAGCGAUGUUGUGGCUGCUUGUAUCCACGGAGGCUGGUUCCGUGGAGAAUGGGCGGAGGAAGUAGACAUCAGCCUUCUCGGCCUGGAACGCCCCCUGCCCAAGGCCAAGGGCCGGGGCGGCAACGCGGGUGGUGAGAAGGGCUCUCAGGACACCUUGACCUCCCCUCCUGCGACGGGACCGAUGCACGUACCUCUUGACCGUGACCUGCAUGUCACGAUCCUAAUUCUGCCCAACCUGAUCAAGUAUGCUGGCACCACAAGAUUCGGAAUAAUGAGCCGUGACUUUGGCGGAUCCUACAAGGGCCGCAGAAGUAUUCACGACGGGCUCAGUUUCAAGAUUGAGCAGGUGCGCUGGGUAGAUGGAGCUGCUCCCCAGAGUAGACUUCGGGGCAAAGCUCGCCGUGAGCGUAUUCGCAAGGCAAUGAGUGAGGUGGAUAGAUCACAGGUCAUUGAUAUUGGAGGUCUCAAGAAGAUGGACAAACCAGCAGAAGCCCCCAGCACCACAAACGGCGAUGUUGACAAGGAGAACCGUCCUAUGCAAGUUGAGAUACCGAGUCCUGCUCAAGAAACAAGGGAGGCGGCGCCAGAAAAGCCGGCUGGAGCCCAAGAGGCCAACAUGGACAGCGAUAUGCCGACCUUGGAGAGCGAAAAGACGGCGACUGUCGAAGUUGAAGCAACCGAAGCCGCCUAA